GAUUCCUAAAGAUAAACCAACAGGACAAUUUGCUGCCGGACGAAGUGAUUUUGCGAGUUGCCACAGAUCAUUCCAAGGUCAACAAGGCACUUCAAAGUUAUACCGUCGACGCUAGGGUUGGCGGAGACGUGCAUGAAAAUAACAAACUACAAAAACAAGCCCAACAGCGGGUGAACGCCGCGAGGAUCGUCUUUACGACUUGCGCUGGUGCUGGGCUCGGCACACUUCGUAAAGUGAACUUCGACACGGUACUUAUUGACGAAGCAUCUCAAAUUACGGAACCUUGCGCUCUCAUUCCUUUGGUGAAGGGAAGUGAGAGGGUGGUCCUCGUUGGAGACCAGUAAGUGGUCUUGCGUCCUACUGUGAAGCCCAUGGGGAAAGCUCUGGAGUACGACGUUUCCCUAAUGGAGAGACUGUACACCGCAGAUCCCCAUCCCGGUACCGUUAAGACAAUGUUAAACGUCCAGUAUCGGUUCCCAAAAGAACUUGCUCAAUUCCCUUCGACGGAGUUCUACAACGGCGAACUACAAUCUCAUAUUCAGGAUAGUGAUGAAGUCCUCGGCGUUCUACUCAGUACAGCUUUCCCUUGGCCUUGCAGGGCUGGGUUAACGGGUAUCAUUCCCACCGUCUUCGUGCAGUGUGAUACAGAAGAGACCAUGGGGUCGUCCUCCAAAGGAAACGAAGGCCAGGCUGAGUUGGCCGCUCGCAUCGUGUCCAUGUUGCAGUCGCCUGCUAGAGAAGCAGAAGACAAACCGAAGCUGUCUAUAGCUGCUCUAUCACCCUACACCAGACAGGUCGCCAUGCUCAAGGAGGGCCUCCCAUCGUCUGUCACUUGCGCCACGAUUGAUUCAUUCCAAGGCAGAGAAAGCGACAUCGUUGUUUUCUGUACAGUCCGUUGUAAUGCGAGUCGAGAGAUUGGGUUUGUGGAAGACCAUAGGAGGCUUAAUGUGAUGUGGACUCGAGCAAGGCUAGGGCUCAUCAUCAUCGGGAACAAGGCGACGAUGACAGAGACGAACGCUUUGUGGAAGAGAGCCAUUGGUUCGUGCACUGAAGUGAAACUCCCGCCACUCCCGGAACCAGCGACCUAAUGGAUAUAUCAUCGAUGUAUCACCCAUGACAUCAACGCAGGGAAAGGUUGAUAGUAGGAUACACUCUGUACGAGAGCCAUACAAGUAGUAAAGAGGGA